UGACUUACUAGAAGCACGACGUGAUAGAUAAUAAUCAGUGUUGUUAUGUGAUGAAUUAUGAUGUUGCGAAAGAAUAGGGUUGCAAUGCAAACGGUUAUAGACCGCUGUUGUUUUCAGCCGUUAUCGUGCUGGAGAACGGCGUGAAAUGUUUUGAAUGGCACCCCAAAAGGAAAAAGGUGUGGGAUAAUAAACUUUGUGCUGUUCUCUCAUUGGAGUAAACUUUGUAGCGACGUGGCGCAGUAUUUCCUGUUAUUGCUUUCUGGGACUGCAUUUGGAAUGGACGCUGCAUAAAUAAUCACUUUAUGAACAUUGGCAUACAUAUAUUUGCUCAAAGUGUGCCAGUUAAAACGGAGGAAGAGUAAAAUAAUGUAAUGCUUGAAGAUCUACAAGAUGAAUGUGUGAUCCUGACCUCCACAAACCAACUAUUGGUGGUUGAGGUUAAAUGGGUUUGUUGGACCAAUGUGGCCUGCACUUCAGAGCUGAGGUCAGGUAUGGUGUGGAUAGUUGGUAAUGAGUUUCAGAAAAUGCCUGUAUAAUUGACAUUCACUGUGGUUUACUGGGAGAAGAUUACCCACCAAGGACAGUUUGGUAAAAAUAUUCAUAGUUGAUGAAAUUCCAUUUGGGAGUGAGAAAACAACUUCCUAGCUUUCAUCCAUUUGCACAUUUGAAGAGAAAAAGCAUAUCAGAUAUGGAAUCUCAGGAACGCAUGGAGAAUCCAACCGCAGUAAGGAGGCUGUCUGGACCAUAUGUCAUACUCUAACAUUUGGAUAACAUUUGAAUGGCUUUCAGGAGGUGAUGCAUGCUCACUAUGUGAGCAGAUUUGUGCUCUGUAGCACAAUAAUCAGGCACAGUAUGUCAGGUGAUUCAUACAGGGUAUGACUGAUUAAAUGCGAAGUGCCCUAAGUUUAUCAGAUUCUUAUAAUAAUGUGAAGACACAUUCACUUUGUUUAGACAGUAUGAUAUGCCUAGAGUAAACUGUUAUCUGUUGGCACUUGGACUUUUGGACCACAUCUUGUGGUUUAAGAGCAUGGUUCAACUUCGGAGACAGAGGGAGUCCCCCAAUCUGAAAAGUGUCCAGAACAUAACAUCAAACCCCCUCUAUCUUAGUGUAGUCUACAAAAUGAAUGAGGUAAUCAUCUCAAAAUAGAGGGUGGGGAAUAGAAUGACCUCAACACUUCCUGUCACAGAACUGAACAAGCUGCUUAUCUUUGAUUUUAUAUUAGUUGGCACAGCUUAAGGUGUUGCAAGCUGGGCUUUAUGGAUGAUUGUAUUAAAGGGAUAGUUCACUAAAAAAAUGAAAAUUCUCUCAUUUACUCACAUUUAUGCCCUCCCAGAUGUUUAUGUUUUUUUUUUCUUCUGCUGAACACAAACAGGUUUUUAGGAGAAUAUCUCAGCUUGUUAGGUUAAUACAACUUUGAAGGCCCAAAAAGUAUAUAAAGGCAGCAUAAAAGUAAUCCAUAAGACUCCAGUGGUUAAAUCAAUAUUUUCAGAAGCAAUAUGAUAGGUGUGGGUGAGGAAACAGAUAAAUAUUUAAUUUGGAGAUUUAUAGUAAAAAUGGACUUAAAUAUUGAUCUGUUUAUCACCCAUGACCUUUAAAAGGUCCUUCAAAGUUCUGGCCACCAUUCACUUGCAUUGUAUGGACCUUCAGAGCUGAGAUAUUCUUCCAAAAAUCUUCGUUUGUGUUAAGCAGAAGAAAGUAAGUCAUAGACAUCUGGAAUGGCAUGAGGGUGAGUAAAUGAUGAGAGAACUUUCAUUUUUGGGUGAACUAUAUCUUUAAUGCUUAAUAAAGCAUGUUUUUGCUUACACAUGAACUUGUAUUUAGAGUCAUUUGGUGAUGUAAAUGACAUCCCCACACCACUGUUUUAAAUAGCUGGGAGAAGAGGGGGUUCAUACAGGAAAUACUUAAGUGGAAUGUUUGCCCUGUGGGGGGUGUUUCUGGGGAAAUUAUUGAAUACUUGUAAACAGGCCAUGGAACACUAAUAGAGCUUUAUAGUGAGGCCUUGUGUUACUUGGGUGAACUUAACCCAUCCCACUUUAACUUCUUUGUGUGUGAGUGUGUGUGUGUGUGUGUGUGUGUGUGUGUGUCUUCACAUAUUGCAAAUGCUAACUCAUCCACUUCACAAAUGAACAAUUCUUAGUCAUCCACAGAACUGACUGGAAUUUUGACCAAAAUGGAAGUGCCUGUAGAGUUAGUGUGCAGAAAUCAUCUAGCCUAGUUGGAGUGCCAAUGUCUCUGUGAAGCACAGAUUUAUGACUCUUUUGAGAAGGAAUUAAGGAGUAUGCUGAAGACAUGUGAUUCAGCCAGUUAAGUAAGGUUUUAUGGGAUACAGUAUGUGGCUCCAUUCAUAGGCCAGUGAAUGUAUAAAUGGGAAUUUUCCAUGAUGAAUGUGGGACUUGCUCAGUGUUGGACUCAGCACCAUUGAGGCUCUCAGGACAAUUAAAACAAAUUGAGAGCACAGCAUGUUCAUAAAUCACAUCAAGACAUGCUUCACUUAACAGCAGACCAUCAAAUAACAUGGGUUAGAGUUUGAUCAGAGUUUGAUUUGGUUUAGCCUUCAUCCUGUCAAAGUGUCUUGUGCAAUGAAAUUAAGUUUUCUUUUGUAGAAGAAAGGAACUGUUACUGACUCUCUCUGUUUCCUACAACAAGGCAUGUAACAAUUGCAGAAUGUCUGCGUGUCAGACUUAUAUCAGCUAUACUUAAUCCCUGCCAGUUUUCCCAUUAAUUCAAGACUGCAAAAAGCUAACUUCCUAACCAGUUACAUAUAAUCAUCAAACAAAAUCUUCUAUCUAAACUGUUUUUGUUAGAAAGUGCUAAUAGAAUGUUUUACAGGCUAAAUGAGGAGGACAUCAUCAAAAUAAUUGACAAUGGACCAUUGAAUUAUUGGAAAUAUGCACACCCGAGGUGGUAAUGUGGCCAUGACUCAAAGUGAAGUGAACAAUAAAGUGCCAAUAUUCAACAGUCAUGAGUCAACUAUUUCACAGUUACCAUGUGUCCAUGAUCUUAUCCUUGUGGUUUUCAUUCCUACAAAGCUCUUCCUUAUGAUAAUGAAGUAUAUUGGUUAGACACACCCCAAGCCAAUAUUACUUGUAUAAAGUAUUUGUGAAAGAACUUCGGCUUUGUGAACUCAAACCUCUCAAAUAAAUGUCUGCUGUUGCACCCUUUCACCCUUCUAAAUCCUUAUAUAAACACUGCAUAAAUGUAUAAAAUCAUUCCAAACAUCAUAUAGCAUACAGGGAUGGGCAAAAGCGAGUAUGGAGUAAAGCGAUGAUCGAUAAUGAUCAUGCGUGACGUGACUUUUCAUUCGAAAUUCAGUGCUAACUAUACACAAACUUGUCAAAGAGGGGCUUAUUUGUAAUUUUUAGAUUGAGUUGUCAUGAUUUUCGGCGGUACUUUGCGGUCUGAAUCACAGCAACAAGCUCUAUCACAGCGAACUCUGACUUUUUGUCCAGGGCAGAAACAGCACUCAGUAGAGCUGUUCUGGUUGUAGUCCAAAAAACUGGAAGAGAAUUCGCUAUGGGAAAAUCCAGAGGGAACACAUGAGUUUUUAUAAUGGGGUUUUUAAACUUAUGAGUAAAAUAAGGUCUGUUAUCAACAUUACUUUUCUACAACAUAAAUUACACCCUUUCAUACCUCAAAUGUGAAUUUUGAAGACGUAUUGAAUUGCAUACUAUUUUUAAAACGCAUGGCAGCUUCAAAAUUCACAUUUGAGUUAUGAAAGUGUGGACUUUGCUGUCUCUGGAGCACAUACAUUAGGAAGCCUUCUGGACUUGCGCGUGCUGUCUCUGGAGCAAGCGACACUCGCAUGAAACAGAUGAGAUGAGAAGCAUAUUUAGUGCUCAUGAAGCGCCGAAAGCUAGUUGAGUGUCAUUGAAUUUUAUUGAAAUAUUAAAUGCCGGAAAAACCCUGUCCAUGUCUCUUCAGUUCUCUCAGUCUCACGUGAAGCCCUGCCCACUGAUACGCACACAGAUAUUUGCAUAUCACGAUAUACAGGGUACAGCAAAAUCUCUAUCGAGUGACACUUUUCAUUGUCGCCACGAUAUAUAUUGUCAUAUCGCCCAGCCUUAUUUUGCACUACAUACAUUUUUGUCUGAUAAAAUGUUCUCUAGAAUGAGAAUGUACCACCUGAAACUGCUAGCAAGUAGCAAAUGUUUCAUGGAUGUUUAGCAGGGGUUAAAAUGGGGCGGAACAGUUUGAAAUGGUGUUCCGGCACCUCGGCGCAGCGUUCCAGGACCUCUGAUUCAAAAAAGAAAAGAAAUAGUCUGUGUUGUGUCGGAACCUGUUCUGCUAUAUUCAAAAACUGUGGCACAGUUUUAAGCGGAUGCACUCCGCCCUGCUCCACUGCCUGCUUCAAGCAGUUUUGCUAAAGCUUAUUGGCUAUUAAAAAAAAAACCGACAAGUCCUGUGAUAUGUCCUGCACAAACUUUGUUUCAAUAAGAAAAAUGUCAACACAGGAAAGAAAACGGCUUGUCAAGCGAUUUCAUGUGGUCUUUACAUUUUCAUCAAAACAGUUCUGUUUGUCUUGCUAGUGUUGAAAUAAGUUACUGCGAAAAUCUUCAUUAGUUGGAUUUGAGAUAAGACUUUUGGAUUGUGAAAUCUUGUGUGAGUGUGUAUGGAAUGAUUUGUUAUGGGAGAACAACACUGUGGGAUCUGCCUCAGGAUGUUUGUCUAAGACUGAUGCUUAGUAAGUGUGCAAACAAUGAUGCAGUUACAGCUGCCCAGCCUAGUUCCCACCAUCAUUGCCUCUACAGAAAGACUUGAUACAAAACCUGAUACAAAGGUGUGAUUCAAAAUAGGCAUCUUAAAGGUUAAAUGUUUCAAUGUUAAAAUACUUUUCUCCUAUCCCAGGUUUGUAUGCAGAGACAACUAUAAGCAAGCCAUUCGUAGGUCGUUGUUUGUGUGUCCCGACCUGUUCGUCACAGCAACACCUAGCACGUUUACAUGCACACCAAUAUGCUGAUUACUCCCAAAUAUCAGCUUAUUUUAAAAAUCUGACGAAGCAAGAAAACCGUAUUUAAAUGAUAUUUGAAAUAAUCGCGUUAUUAUCUGCUUUUGACAUCAAACCGUGAAGAGACAUGCACUCAACAUGUGCGCACAUUGGAUAAGCUGGUGAGAACACUGGUAAAGUUGUUUACGUGCCACGUGAAAUCGGUGCAAUGGGCAAAAAUCUACCUGUGUCGACCGGUUUGUUCUUAAAGGAAUGCCGUUUAUUGCGUUUACAGGACCACAUGCAUUGGCUUAUUAGGCAUAAUCGGUGUAAGAACGUGCACUGACUCACUGACUCAGCCAAUGCUGUGAGUUUGGGGCGGGACUGUCUGUUUUUUCUAACCAAUAGCAGACGGGAGUGUUUGGAAAACCUGUUUGAGAAGUCAUUACUUUUACAAUUUCAUUUGGUGACGCUAGAGGCACAAAAAUUGCAUAGUUCGCCUUUAGGUUUUAUAUAUAAAUUGUAUUUUAAAUGUAUUUUACCAAGUGACAAGCCCUGUAGUGACAAACUAGCAGUUUGACUUGGACUGAACUGGUGAACGUUGCUUAUUUGUUUCUUACAUUAUUGUGAUGUACAGUAAGAUAGGCACACAUUGCCCAUCACCCCAGUAAAACACUUUUUAAAACAAUGCAGAUGGUCAGAGUGAACCUCAGCCUCAGGGGCACCUGCAGGAUUUAAUCUGAGGGUACGCACAGAAAUGUGCCUGAUAAACCUUAUAUCUGGGGGGUCCGGGGUUAUGCUCCCCUGUGAGAUUUUUUGUGUGCAAAAAACAACACCAAAGCGUUCAGUUCUGGUGACUUUGAGAUAAGCAUUCGUUUUAUUGAGUAUGAGUAGCAUUCAUGUAACUAUUAGCGAAAGCAUUUCUUCCAGUAACCGUUCAGACAGAUGCGUUUUCGUGCUAAAAAAGCAAAACGCACCACAACGCACAGACGCGUUUUUCAGACGCGUUUUUAUCAGUUGAAGUUUAACUUGACACAGCAUCUAAAAAUGCAGCGCUCCCAUGAGAGAUACUAAAAACACAGUGAAGCUUGAAGCAGUUGUCAAAAGACAUCUAUCUAGCGAAUGUUUAUGUGGAAAACAAUUGAAAAUCAGCGUGAGCGGAUGCAAAAACACGUUCAGUUUGAACAGCCUCUUGUUCACAUGACACAGCACUAGCUGAAGUUUCUCAAAGUUACCUCUCAAAAAGUCAGCCUUUUGUUUCAGUUGACUGUAGGUAAAUUUACACUGUAUACAGCGCUGUAUUCGUAAAUAUCCUGAUACUGUUUUACUAUGUGUGAAACCGCUCCAAAUGAUUCAGUGAGAGAGCGCUCUGAACGAAUUGUACUGAAUCACGAAUCGAUUCAAAGAGUUUUGCAAGCCCGUUUUGGCCAAUUCACUGAAAAGAACCGACUCAAAAGAAUUAUUCAUUUGCAAAUUGGGCAUUGCUAUUUCUUUUAAGCAGCCAACAGAAAUUCGGGACACAUUUCAUGAUUGAUGAAAUAUUAUAAGAGUAAAUAUUUCUCAGGUCAGUUGGAGCACUCAUGGUAUGCAUGGUGCGUACGGCCGUACAGCUACGAGCACCACUGCUCAGCCUCCCUGUCUCCUUUUUCACAUUCCCCUCUUAAGCUCUGCCUGCACAAUUUGUAUAAUGGCUUUAACAGUUCAUUUAAUUACAUAUUCUGGCUUUAUGGAACAAUUAUGAUGGAUUGCUUAUGAUUUCCCCCAACCAACUCUCAGAGCUCCAAAAACUUUUCUUAACUGCAGUGUAGGCCAUACUAAAAUUCAGACAGGGAACAUUAGGGUGUUCCUGUGCGCACAUGAGAUUGGCAGACUAAAUUAUGUAAAUGCUAAACAUGAGGUCUGUUUAUAAUUUGCUCUUAUGGGAACUUUGAUGUUAAUGGUCCUGUUGAACAUGAGCAUUUAGCUAUAUGGAUCUGAUUUGUUGGACUCGCUGCCUACUCAUGAGAAUGAAAAGCAAUUUCUAUGAUUAAUGACAAUCAUAUACGGUUGUUAAUGUGCAGGUGAUCUCACUGACCUAUCUGUAAUCAUACAAAGUCAAUUAGGCCUAGGUAACUUAGUUUCACUGUGAUGAAGAGGAGGGCGGGGCCGGGCCGUGACUACGCACGCCCGGCCCCCAGUUGGGCUAAUCAGCCGAGGAGAGGGAUAAAUGCGGCAGUACGGGAGUGAGAGAGCCACAUGCAGCUGCAGUGUGUGCAUUUGUGUUUAUGUUUUGUCUUUAUCUUUUAAUUUCUCAUUAAACAUUAUUUUGAUGGUUCAUCCGGUUCCCACCUCCUCCUUUCCCAACCUUAACCUUGUUACAUUGGUGCCGAAACCCGGGAAGGAGGAGGGAUGUGCUGUCGUGGUGUCCUCGCCACUGCCAUCCACCCAAAGGAGCAGCCGCGGCCAUCCAUGGGGGGACGGAGGAGUUGCUGCUGACUGCCUGGACGCAGAGGAAUGGACGCUGUCCACGAGGGGAGGAGGGGCUCGCUGCCGGCCGCCUGGAGCGGUGGAGCCGCUGCCAGGGGCGGAGGAAUUCUCUACUGGCUGCCAAAAUGCGGAGGGGCAUUCCAUCCGCUAGGGGUCGGAGGACUGGCUCCGGUCCGCCCGGGGAGGAGCGGCUGUCGUCCACCAGAGGGUGAAGGAGUGAUCGAGGACCAGGCAAUGGCGUGUCUGGGAAAACGGCAACACGGACAGGGGAGCUGAUGGGAGAGUUUGGUCGACUAUAUGAAAAGCAGUAUGCAGUUGCUCUCUUUAACAAGAUGCGCUAUGACAUGGAGGGUGGGGGAGGCCCUCAACCCCAGCUCCUGCACAGGAAGGUGCCUCUUAAUAAUAAGUCCAUCUUCUCAGGGGCUUUGUUCCAGUAUCUAGAAGAAAAUAAAAAAUGGAGGAAUGGUUUCCUCUUUAUACCUGACUCCUUCAACAUCAACUAUUAUGAAAACAAACAGGCCCAUGACAGAGGCCUGCAUCCUAAAGGCACUAUUAAUUGUGCUGGCUACAGGGUCCUGACUUCUAUGGAGGAAUAUCUCGAGCUCCUUAACACCAGCCUCCCAGGUGUAAAAGCUAAAGUUGGCACUUCUCCAUUCCUAAAAUGUGCGACACAGUUUCCCCUCAUCCUCUGGCACCCUUAUGCACGUCACUACGUUUUCUGUGUGGUGACCGAGAAGGAGCAGCAGAAAUGGAAUGCUGUCUUUCAGGAUUGUGUCCGGCACUCCAACAACGGAUUAUCUGAAGAAUGUAAGGUUCAGACCCCGGCGUUCACAGACACAGUGCGACUCUAUCGACAGGCUCAUGGACACUAUGGAACCUGGGAUAUGAUGUGUGGGAUGCCCCAACAGAUCCUUGCCAAUCUAGUGAUGGAGACCCUCCUCCCUGAGCUGAAAGACCUCAUCACCCCCAAACUGAAGGGCAAAAUGCAUGAGAGACAGAGGAAUUGGAUGCUGAUAUCAGAUGCAGUGUAUGGGCUGGUUCAGAGCCAGACUCAAGCGCAGUAUGAAGCAAUAGUGCAGAGCUGUGAAGCAGGUAGCCCCCCACUGGAAAACACUAUCCGCACAGACAUGGACCAGAUCAUCUCUUCCAAAGAACAUGUGACCAGCAAAAUCAGAGCUCUUGUUCUGCCCAAAGCAGACAAGCUUCUGAAGGUGAGUAUCCAACCGUAUAUCAGCUCUAUCCUGGAAGCUUUGAUGGAACCCACCAGCAGAGGUUUCUUUGAGGUGCGAGACUUGUUCUUCAGGGAGUUGGUGGAUAUGAGCAAGAACCUUCUCAAUGAUGGCAACAAGGAAAAACUUGGAGAACACAUGGAGAAGAUCUCUAUGCUAGCCUUCCAUCCUGUGAAGAUGCAGAGCUGCUAUGAGAGGGUGGAGACACUGAGUUUAGAGGGACUGCAGCAGCGGUUUGACGUUUCCAGCCCCUCCGUGUUUGUCCAGAGAGCCCAAAUCUUAAUUAGAGAGCAAAUGGAUGAUGCAGUGUACACAUUUGAGCAGCUCCUGCACCAGAGUCUGGAGGGCCAAGAAGGAGAAGACCUCUGCAAAACCAUCCAGCGCUGCCAGGAUCGUGUCAUCAAGAAAUUUGACUACGAUAGCAGCACUGUUCGUAAGAAGUUUUUCAGAGAGGCUCUUCUCCAGAUAUUCAUCCCCUACAUGCUGAAACAGCUCUCUCCAUCAUGCUCUGCUGAACUCCCUCAUUUCCAGGAGCUGAUCUUUGAGGAUUUCUCUCGUUUCAUUCUGGUGGAGAACAUCUUUGAGGAAGUGGUGUUGCACACAGUUAUGAAAGACAUAAUGAUGGCUGUGAAGGAAGCAGCUGUCCAGCGGAGACACAACCUGUACCGAGACAGCAUCGUUCUUAACAACAGUGACCCAAAUCUUCUCCUGCUGGGGGAGAACCCUCCUAUUGACUGGGCUGGGGGGUAUGGAGGAGGCCGAGAGGAGGUGGAUGGAGAGGAUGAAGGACAAGUGGGAGACACAGAAGCUCAUAAGAGACACAGGAUGAAGCAAGUGGUCUCCAUGAUCCAGCUGGAAGGCACUGCCCAUGUGCUGCCCAAUGAAUCGACCUUAGAAGUGGCUGCCGUGGAUGACUAUCCUGAAGAUGAGGCAGAGAGACGCUCGGACACCACAUCAACCCAGGAGUCGGAGAUGAAAGUUCCCAAUGGAACUAAAAAGGAUGUGAAUAGAAAUGAGUUUGAGGAGAAACCACCUGCUUUAACAAAUAGAACAGCACUACAAGAGGAAGAAACUCCAGCGGAAAAGCCACUACAGGAAACAGGAAACAAGUCAGCCAUGGAGAGUGCCAUACAGGAAAUAGAUAAUACAGAAGAGGAAGAGGAACGUGAGCUGGGUGGAUUGGUCAGGAUGCAGAAAGCUGCAGAGUCAUCAUUGUUAAAAGAGGACAUUGCAAAUAAAGAGGUAGAAUUUACCCCAAACUAUGAAUAUGAGACACAACUAAACCAAGUGGAAAUGCCUGCAUUGGUCACAAACAGAGAUACACCUUCAGGCACAAAAGAAAAGCCUUUAGAUUCCCCAUCAAGGGAAGUAGAGGCAGUGACACCAUCAGACCAACAGGAGAAAAGUCACAUUUCAGAGAGCAAUCAAGAUUCACACUCGGAGCAAAGCACUGACUCCAUAUCUCCGUCACAGCAAGACAACAGCGGAUUUCAGUCUCCCACUAAUGAAGCAGCAGUGGAGGAGCUUCAGACGGCAAAGGAGGAGUGUAAUGGCUUUGAAACAGGAGAGGACACUGGAAAGGGAGAAUGUGCGCACAUGGAUCACCAGUGAAACUUACUAGGGUCUCUUAAUUCUGUUCAUUUAUUGUGUAUGUGUGUUUGUGCCUGUAAACAGUGAGUAAAUAUAUAACCCACUGCUCUAAGAAAGACUUGGUAACAGGAGUUUUUGGUGGCGUUUUUAUAUGUAAACGCGCUUGUCUUACUACUAUGAUUGUAUAGACUUUUGUGAAUUUUGUCUUAACAAUGUUCCAAUCAUUUGCGCAAUCUUUUUGUCACAUAUUUAACUUUUCUGCACUUAAUUAUUGUCACUCUUAGAGUUAGAGCUGGGCUCAAUGAUAAUCAUAUUGUAUCCUAGGUCAAAAUGUCAUUCCAUUAACAAAUAUGAUAUCAACCAGUACUUUUCCGUUUUUGUGUGUCUAGCUACCUAGAAGCAGGAUGCUUUGAAACAAUGGAAACCAGCCAUGUUAUACCUCAUGUUGAUAGCAUAUGGUGCCUUGCAUUUUGCCUCUAAUGCUUAACGCUAGUGGUAUCUGCCUUGUCUGCAUUCAAAUUGAAGAUACUGAAUUUUAUUAUGAUUCUGGGUUUGUUACAUUGAUUUACUCUGGUUCUUUCUUGGGCUGGAAUGCCAAGUUUUUAACCCUGUUUAGCCAUUUUUGGUUUGCUUGCAUUGGUCCGUUAAUUUCUUAAGAAACACUGCUGUCAUUUGUUCUAUUUACAGAAGUGGCUGCAUCGAUUUUCCUUCAGCAUUUCAAACCAGUACAAUUCACACCAACUGUCUACAAGCCAUUCUCCAUAUGGUGCUUUGCAUAUUACCAUACUGCUAUUACUAUUUCUCCUAUAGACCAACAUGGCAGAAGUAGUACAAGUAGUAUGGGUAGAAUGCAGUUCCGAACUCUGCUUUAAUGAAUGCUAGGCCCCAGAAUCUAGCCCUAUUAUUUAUGAAAUGAAAACAAGUAUGACUGAUACAAAUAGACAAUGACGGUAAUUUUCAACUUUUUCUAGCGCAACUUAUGGAUUGGCCCUUAUGGUGAUAUUGAUGUUGGUGGGGAACUAAUAACAUCCUGACGUAAUGACGACAUUGUUGUGCGUAGCCAUUGCUCGCUCAAAUCUCGAACUCAGUGAUCGUCUCCACUCAGCGCACGCACUGAGAGCAGCAUCAGCACCGGGCAGAGGAUGCGCAUCGCUGAAUGAUCCUGCCGCAACAUAAACUCAUCUUACUGCGUGUACCUGAGUGUAAUUGCAAAUAGAUUACUGUCAAAGGUUAUCCAGUGGGACGGGGGAAUGAUAAACCCCGGAUUCCCCGGACCGUUGUACUGUUCGUCAGGAUGCGAUCACUGAGUCGGGCCUCGCUCUUCACCGAGGUUUUCUUCAUCACAACAGUCGCCCUCAGCGCUGCAAUGGCAGGUAAGAGUAUUGGAUUUUAGUAGUUUAAUUGAUGGAGAUAAUAUAACGGAGACGCAUGAUUUCAGUAGAACACCUUGGCUGUGAUGCCAGGCAUGUUAUUAGGUUAAAUAAACUAUAUCAAUGCAUAUCACCGUAGCGCAAAACAGGUUGUGUAACAAUAGGAUUAGGAUAUAUUCAAUAUUCGUUUCGCUGUCCACAUGUGCGCUGCAAACCCAUUCUAAAAGUCAUAAUUAGCCCAUUCAAGUAUUCUGAUGAUUUUAAAUACAUGUAAUUUGUAUUAUAUAGCCUAAGCUACUACUCAGUUUACUCAAUGAAUACAUUAAUUUUAUAACGCAUAGAAAACUAAUAUUGGCAUUAUGAUCAUACUGUAUUGCCAGAUGGGAACUUUUUUUUUUUUUUUCUCUCCAUUAACUCUUAUGGAGUUUUAGCAUUUUUUAAAGCAUGAGAAUUUUUCAAUCACGUUUUUAAUUAAAACUGCUCAAUGAGGACAACUUUAAGACAUUACAGACAUAAUGCAGCAUUAUUUUCUGUUAGAGCAUAAUUUUCUGUAAAACAGCUUUGAAACAAUGUGUGUUGUGAAAAGCUCUAUACAAAUAAAAAUGACUUGACUACUAA